AUGCAUCAUAUACCACAUGCUGAAGAGCUACUGGACGAACCCUCCAAUAACGGGGGUUCACGCUCAACAGAUCCAGACGGAUCAAGCUUCCCCGAACAACUUCGAGCCCCAUUGAGAACAUCUACAGCCACCCCUGCCGUCGCUCAAACGCGAACAUCGGGCGGAGCGAGGUCUGCGUCAGCGACCACACACGGCACAUAUCCUUUAGCAACAGAAUCGUCGGUUGGGGCUGUACCCACACACGUCGCUGCUUCUACUAGCACCACAGAUGCUCACGAAACAAAAUCGAAAGACUGUGAACUAUCUCAAGAAGAAGUUCAAUGGGUAGAAAAGGAGUUCAAUGAAGAAUUUAAUAGAGGAUCUCAUGACCAGGACGCCUUUCUAAGCAAAUUGAAAGGAAAGCUGGCUGAUGAUAUAGAGAAAGGAAAGAAAAGCGAGGAUGAAGAUCACUCGCCAUGGAUCGACAAAAUGUUGAAAUUCUAUAACGAGCUUGAGUCGAGAGCGACUGGAGGCGAAUCGGAGAAGCAAGAAUAA